AGAAAACGCAUAGAAACUUGUAAAGAAAAAACAUUUCCUCUUGCCCCCAACAAAAAUCCCAGGAAAAAUCCAAGAUGUCUUGGCAAACUUACGUAGAUGAUCACCUGAUGUGCGAAAUCGAAGGCAAUAGUCUUAGCGCCGCUGCCAUCAUCGGCCAAGACGGCAGUGUCUGGGCCCAAAGCUCUAAUUUCCCUCAGUUCAAGCCAGAAGAAAUUGUUGCUAUCAAUGGUGACUUCAAUGAACCUGGAAAACUUGCUCCAACUGGGUUAUAUCUUGGUGGAACAAAAUAUAUGGUGAUCCAAGGUGAGCCAGGGGCUGUGAUUCGAGGGAAGAAGGGACCAGGUGGUGUUACUGUUAAAAAGACCAAUCAGGCCUUGAUCAUUGGCAUCUAUGACGAGCCAAUGACCCCUGGCCAGUGCAACAUGAUCGUGGAAAGGCUUGGUGAUUAUCUUAUUGACCAGGGUCUUUAAUCCUUUCACCGUGGCUGGCUUGUUGCAAUUCUUGGCUUAUACAAACUUACAUCUGCGACUUGCUUUUGUAAUGGCUAGUUGCAGUUAAAAUAAUAUUAUCAGUAUUUAUAGUCAUGGGGAACCUUCUGCUGAAACGGGAUUGGUGUGGUUUAUGUUCUCUUGUUUUGUCUUUUUACUUGUUUGAUGGAUGGUAUUACUGAGGCUGUUGAGUGAGGUUCUUUGUCUACAUUUCAGUGGAUUUCUAGUGAUUGUGUUUAGAUUGAUUGGUUUGAGAUUUUUCUCACUUUCUUCAGUUUUUCCCCUCUUUUUGGUAAAGGAUUCUGUUUUACUACUAUGGACUGCUCUUAAAAGUUUUUUU